ACCCAUCAAUUCUCUCCACAUAUACCUACAAACACUCACUCCAUGGCUGUUUUCUCCAAGAUUGGCAUUAUUGGAGGCGGCAUUAGCGGCCUAGCCGCCGCCAAGCAGCUCGCCGCCCACCACCCGGUGGUCUUCGAGGCCACAGCCUCUCUCGGCGGCGUCUGGAAGCACUGCUCCUUCCGCUCGACCAAGCUUCAGACCCCGAGAUGCGACUACGAGUUUUCCGACUAUCCGUGGCCCGACCGGGAUGACAAGAGUUUCCCGUCUCACGAAGAGAUUGUGGAAUACUUGUUUUCCUAUGCUCGCCACUUUGAUUUGUUGAAGUUGGUGAGGUUCAACUCCAAGGUGGUGGAAAUCCGGUUUGUGGGUGACCGGGAAACAGCCAAUCUUGGCGGUAAACCGGCAGAAGCCUGCGGCUUGUUGACGGGGCAUCCGGUUUGGGAGGUUGCCGUCCAGAUCAACCAGUCGGAUACUGUUGAGUGGUUCUCCUUUGAGUUUCUUGUGAUUUGCAUUGGAAAGUACGGAGACGUUCCAAGAAGACCAGAUUUUCCGCACAACAAAGGCCCAGAAAUUUUCCAGGGAAAGGUAUUGCAUACUCUUGAUUACAGCAAGCUCGACCACAAUGCUUCCACACAGCUUCUUCAAGGCAAGAAGGUUGUCGUCGUCGGCUACAAGAAAUCCGCCAUUGAUUUAGCUGUUGAAUGCGCCGAAGCUAACCAAGGAGCGGAAGGGCAGUCAUGCACCAUGGUGAUAAGGACCCUGCACUGGACUGUUCCUCAUUACAGCGUUUGGGGUCUGCCUUUUUACAUGUUCUACUCAACCAGGGCAGCUCAGUUCCUCCAUCAAAGGCCCAACCUGGGUUUUCUCAGAAGCCUCCUCUGCCAUCUGUUAUCUCCAGCAAGGCGAGGCGUGUCGAAGAUCAUAGAGUCGUACUUGACCUGGAAGCUUCCACUGAACAAGUAUGGACUGAAGCCGGAGCACCCCUUUGAAGAAGACUACGCAUCCUGCCAGAUGGCUAUUCUGCCAGAAAAUUUCUUCAGGGAGGCGGACAAGGGAAAGAUCAGGUUCAAGAGAGCCUCCAAGUGGUGGUUCUGGGAGGGAGGAGUUGAAUUCGAUGACAACACCAGGCUCGAGGCCGAUGUUGUGGUUCUUGCCACUGGGUUUGACGGCAAGAAGAAGCUCAAGGACAUUGUUCCAGAGCCCUUUCGCAGUUUGGUUGAGUUCCCGUCCGGCAUGAUGCCCUUAUACAGGGGCACCAUCAAUCCAUUCAUUCCCAACAUGGCGUUCGUGGGGUACAUAGAGAGCGUGUCGAACCUGCACACGGCGGAGCUACGGUGCCAGUGGCUGGGCCGGCUGGUGGACGAUCAGUUCAAGCUGCCGAGCGUGGAGAAGAUGAUAGAGCAAACGGCGGAAGAGAUGAUGAUAAUGAAGAAGACAACGAGGUUCUACAAGAGGAGCUGCAUUUCCACGUUCAGCAUAAACCACAGCGACGAAAUCUGCCAAGAGAUGGGAUGGAAUUCAUGGAGGAAGAAGAGCUGGCUUGCUGAAGCCUUCAGCCCCUACAGCAGCCAAGAUUACGAAGAGCAAGAUAUAUACAAUAAUUAAUUGAAGACUGCAACUGGAGUAGAGAGAACCCCUAUCACCGAUCUUCAAUUCCUUCUGUCGGUCGGAUAUAUAUAUAUAUAUAUAUAUGUAAUAAGACAAUGAGUUUUAGUUUUAUUUAUAGAAAUAAAUAUAUAUAUAUAUGGAGUACAAU